UCAGCUGAUAAAUGGUUGUUCUUCGUGAUUAUCUGUUCUUAUCUAAAUUAUCUCUGAUAUUACAUAAGUAGCCGGUAUCUGUGAAUGUAGAACGAUAGUUAUCAUGAUCUUCAACGUCAGUGUCCGUUUGGGAUAUGUCUGAUGCAGUCAGUUAAGGAGAAAUGACGUUGAUUUGAAGAAGGAUUUCCCACCUGCAACAAAGAUUGAAAUAGAUAAUGUAUUUGGAGACUGUACAACAUCAAUUUACUAUCUGAUAAUUGUUUUAACCAAAAAGAAAAUAAUAAUAUUAGUUAAGUAAUUAUAAGAAGAGAGAAAACAGAAGAACAAACCAAAAUGAAUAAUUUAAUUGACCCAUCAGAAAGUUCCUUUAAUGAUGGAACCGUUCCUGAGACGAGAUCAGCCAACAUGUUAGAGGACAGUUGGAUCGAGACCCUAGGAUGGGCCGUUGGGGCCAUCUGUUCCUUAUCCAUGAUGUUUGGUGGUGUUGUGCCCUACAUACCCCAGUACCUGCAUAUCAGGCGGUCUGAGAAUCCAGAAGGUUUCUCCCUGUAUGUGUGCCUUGUACUCCUUCUGGCUAACAGUCUGAGAAUUCUGUUCUGGUUUGGCCACUGGUUUGAAUUGCCAUUGUUGUUUCAAAGUAUCGUCAUGAAUAUUGCCAUGAUGAUGAUGAUAUCAUUAUGCGUCUCAAUCCGCAACAGAGGCCAGCUAGGCCACAACAGAGAGCAUGUCUUCACAGAUUUUGACUAUGACCACUUUUGGGAGUGGACGGACUUCCAGUCGUACGUAGAAUUCAUGCUCACGUUCUCUACCAUGGGCUGCCUGCUCAUGUACAUCUUCAUUGAUUCUCCCUUGUUUGUGGAGACAGUUGGCUUCAUCUCAGUGCUGACAGAAGCCCUUCUAGCUGUGCCACAGUUCUACAGGAAUUUCAUAACUAAAUCAACAUUUGGAAUGAGCCGUCAGAUGGUGUACAUGUGGUUCUUUGGAGACACAUUCAAGACACUGUACUUCUGGUUCCGAGAAGCUCCCAUGCAGUUCUUUGUCUGUGGCUGCCUGCAGAUCUGCAUUGACAUAGCGGUGCUUGCGCAGUGCUUCUUGUACCGGAAGAAGAAUUCACAUCUUAUCAAUUAAUGUUAAGUGAUUUAGCUAUAAUGUCAAGACUGGAUUCAUUGAACUCCAUUGCAUUUUAUUUAUAAGUGUUUCAGGGGAUUUUUUUUUUUUCUUUUUCUUUUUCUUUUUCUUUUUUCAUGCGUGUGUGUGAUUUCCCUUCCCCUCCUUCUCAGUUUUCUGUAUCAUCUUCUUUUGUUUGCAUCUCUUCUACCUGAGUUGUGUUCAUUGACUUCUUCUAACCCAUCUAGGAAGGGGCAUUGCUUUACAUUGCAUUGAUGAAUGCAAGUAAAUGCUUCAAAAACUGAAGUUGUACAUUUAUUUCACUCUCACUAUUUUUCUUUAUAUAUUCCCUAUAUUUUAGGAAUAAUAUGUUUCUUAUUUUUCUAUUUCACUAUCAACUGUGUGAGGUUGUCUUUAAUGUUCUUUAAGCAACAAAAGAUAUGUGUAAGAUAGCGAGCAAUGUAUCUUGUUGCCUUGAAGAACAAUGGACAUGCAUAUAAAUGAACAAAUAUUUAAGAGAUUACAUGCACAAUAUGUACAUUAAGUGCCUUUUAUACAGAAUUUCUAUAACUGCCUUUAGAUAUUUAUUUAAAUGAUUGUAGUAUGAUACACUGGGUGAAGCUACACUUUUAAAGUUGUUUAGAUUAAGGAUUUUUCUUGUAUUUUGAAUGCUGGAUCUUAAAUACAAUGUACUGUAUGAGAUACAAGUUGUAACUUUGACUAAGUAGGACUGAAUAAUCUUUGUAAAUAUGCUAGAAGUUGAGUAAACCAAAAGAUUAGUUUUUUGGUUUAUAUCUUUAGGUAUUAUAAGCUAAGGUUUUUUUAUGAUUGAAAAUUAUUGAAAGUUUUAGUUUAUAUAUAUCAAUUGAUAAUGAAUGUUCCUUAAUAUGAAAUGAUAAUAUAUAAUUAGUUCCUAUUCAAUAGUACAUGGUAAGCAUUGAUUUAAUACUUUGAAAUAUUUGGUUUAUCAUACUCGUAAUGUUUGCCUUUUGACAAUAUUGUUGGCUUCUAAAUUGGAGUAGUAAAUCAAAUUCUUUGAUAAUAGAAAUAUAUGUAAGACUGUUCCUGUAUUGUCAUCAAAGAAGUAUAAUAGUCAAAGGAAAAGGAUUUGACAGUAGAUGCUUUAAUCAGGAAGGUGCGAGUUAUCACCACAUACUUCUGUUCUAGAAGAAGUUUGUCGUAACUUAAGGUUUUUCCUGUGGCUAUAAUUGCAAUAAAAACAUAUCACCAAAUCCAUUCUUUGAUAAAGAAUGAACUCACAUGAAAGGACUUAUUUGCUGUUUCAUUUGAAUAGAAUUAUGAUUUGAGAGUGACUUCAGGAUUCUAUGGUGCUCAUGAAACUCUUCUGGGUUGAGUGAAAUGUUCCACUUGAUAAUGAAAUCCAGUAGGAGCUAGAAUUGCAGCCAAUACAAAUGUAGUUUAUUUGUGAAGGAAGAGUACCUUAACAUACCUUUUUGAUGUGUGGUUUGGUCACCCUUGUACAAUUUACACUUCCUUUUUCACAUCCUACUAUUUCUGAGUUUAAUCCCCAUUGUGAUUCAUUUUGUUACAUUUCUUUAUACAUUUUCUUCUCUACAAUGUAGCUUUACUGUUACUGCAGUGAAAUUAUGGCAGUAAUGAAUUAAGCUUAGGUCCGUAACUCAUUGGAGCAUCAUCUGCUAAACAUUAGUCCAUAUUACCAGAACAUAGGCUACCUCUAGUGACAUUUUAUUCUGUGACUUUUUAGUGCCUCAAGAAAAAAGGAGAAUAAAAUAAGUAAGUCUAUAUAGGGCAGAAAACCAAACCAGGCUGGAGAUUUUUCAUAAUUCCUUGGAACUGCAAAGUUACAAUAAGUUUAAGGAUGUCUUAACCCAGUGUUGACAGGAUGGCGAGCAUACAUGCCAUGUCCACUGUGUCUUUUUGUUUAGUGAUUGUCUUUACACAUGGAUGAAUUCCAUAAGUGCUUAACCACAAUGGAGUCAACUACCAAGUCCUACCUAGCUCACCUAUUUCCUGUUUUCCUUCAUUUUUUUGCAAAAUUUUUCUUUUAUUCUUUAUUGUUAUUAAUACUUUUAGUAGCAUUAUAAUAAUUGCAAUGUCAACAACAGGAAUAACAUUACCAAUAUAAAUAGCAUUAGAAGAAAAAAAUUACCCUGAAAACUCAAGAAAAGGGGGAAUCAGUAAAGGACCCAUAAAGUGGGUUUUUCUACCACACGUAAAGUUACUAAUUUGCUCCUUGGUGGCUAAACACUUGUGGAGCCAACUAUGUGCAAACAAAGCUCACAAAAGCAAACAACAGUAGAUAGUGAACUUACCCAGUACCAUUAAUGGUGCUGGGUAAGUACACAUUCAUUUAGUGAUUUUAUACUGACACAUCAAGAAAUCAGUAAUUGUUUUUUCACUGCUCAUUAACCAGGUACAAUGAUUGCUUUUCAAAUGUUCUAAUCUGUUGCAACUCUUUGCAGAUUUGUUGCUGAUGAAUCAUAGGUAGUAUGUUAAAAGAAUAAAGCACCUUUCAUUUGAAUAUUAGGGAAAACUUUUACAUGAGUUCAAAGGUGCACAGUCCAUUUGUGGCAGGAUUAUAUCAAUCAUUCUAUAAUUUUUAUUUUUUGAAAUUUAUUUGUGUUCUGUGCAAUGUACAAUGGUGGUGCUUGUGUCAGUGUGAUUUGUUAUCUCUUGUUCAAGUAUACACAAAGGAAUAACUUUCACUUGCUCAUAUUCAUCACAGAGAAUUCAAAAGACCUUUAUUCCUUUCUCACUUUUAUUCCGACAAAGUUUUGUGCACUAGCCGAGGCCUUGAAGUAUGUGCCUUAUUUUUGUCUGCAUCAAGCCUUUAAUAUUGUCUCACUUGCAGAAAAAACAAAACCUUGUUUUUGCUUAUCUUAUUGCCUGCUGUAAUUUGAAGAAGUCAUAGUGACUUUGCAGUACUUGAAGUCCAAUGUGACUACAGUAGAUGAGGUACAUGUAUUCUUAAUCUCAUUAGUGCUUUCCAUUUGUCGCAGUUUAUUGUAAUUAGUGAAUUGUUAAUUAAGUUAACAUGGAGGCUCUAUAUUAACUUUGUGUGCACUUCUCAAUUGUUCUCUUAAAUAUUUUCUAAACAUUUUUGUAAUGUUUGGAAAAGUAGAAUGGUGAUUCCUGGUCCUGUUCCAAGGCCUAGUGCAGUCUCAUUUCCUUGAGGUUAGAAAACAGUAAAUUGAGUUAGGAAUCACCCUGCCAAAAUCCUCAAUGAUAAUACAUCAUAAGAUGUUUUUUAUACAUGUAAUUUGCUCUCUGUACAUCUAAACAGAACAAGUGAAUUGAGCAUAAUCAUAAUGAUAAAGGUUGUGGCUAAAUUACUGUGAUUGCAUAUAAAGAUGGUGAUGUUAAAGAGAUGAGUAUUAUUCUGUGAAUUGAUCUGUAAUGUCCUGCUGUAAGCCCUCUAAGGGUGCUUUAACAUUUUGCCUGUUUUUCCCAUGGAAAAAAGGCUGUUUGUUUGUGAAUAAUGAUUUCAUAUCUUGAAGGAUAUGCUGGGUUUACCAAACUUCUGACUAGGAAGUUUUACUGUUAGUGACAGACCGAUCAAUUCUUGAGAAUAAUUAUUGAUGUGCAAUAGUAAUUUUUUCAGAAAAAAUAGUAUUAUCCAUGCAACUGAUUCAACAUUAAGCUUAACUAAUAUUCUUCUUUUUCCCCAUUUUUAUUGUCCUAAUGUAACCAUAUUUUAGGUUAAGGGAGACAGUAGAAAUACAUUUAAGAAAUUUUUACAAUCUCUGUUUACCUAAUUGUAAUACAGUAUUCCUUAGAGACACAACUUUGUUGUAUGUUCUUAAUAUGAACAGUGAGGAACAGCUAGGGAAUUGGCGUACAAUAUUUUUCUCCAAAGGCUUUGUGACCCAUCUGCUAGGACUACAACCCUUUGUUUGGGAACGACCUCUUAGGAGUUGAUGCAGCAAGUCAUGGUCAAAGGUAAUGAGUAUUAGAGGUCUAGGAUUUCAGCUUUUCUCCUUUGAAGUAUGAUGAUAGUCUGCUAGGAGGCUAAUUUUUUUUUUUUUUAAAUAAUGAUAAAACUUAAAUAAAUUCCAUUCUAAGGUAUUAGAUGAAAGCAUAAAACCAUAAUCAAGGAAAGCUUUAGCAUUUUUUUUUUUUUUUAAUCAUGCCAAGAGAUAAUAAAAUCACAGCAGGAUUUAUUCUAUGUCUAGUGGGAGAAAAUUAUCAUAGAUUUAUUUUCAAAGUUAGUACUGCUUGUAAGAUGAACACUAACAAGUGUACAUGAUUUUUACUUACAAAAUAGGCAUGUAAUCUGUCUUGUAGAGAAAACACAAGUACAUUCACCUAAAAACAGGCAGCAAUUACACUUACCUGUGAACAUGUUGCACAUUCUUAUGCUCACCCAUACACUGUCUCACAUUCACACAGCUUAUCAAGUAGCUUUACAUGCACACACACGCACACAUACACAUACGCA